UCGGGCUCCGCGGGCGGGCGGGCGGACAUGGCGGCCAACAUGUACCGGGUCGGAGAUUAUGUCUACUUUGAAAAUUCAUCUAGCAACCCAUACCUAAUCAGAAGAAUAGAAGAACUCAACAAGACUGCAACUGGCAACGUGGAAGCAAAAGUAGUGUGCUUUUAUAGACGACGAGAUAUUUCCAACACGCUUAUAAUGCUUGCAGACAAGCAUGCUAAAGAAAUUGAGGAAGAAUCUGAAACAACAGUUGAGGUUGACUUGACUGAUAAACAGAAGCAUCAGUUGAAACAUAGGGAACUCUUUUUGUCACGACAGUAUGAAUCUCUGCCUGCAACACAUAUCAGGGGAAAAUGCAGUGUUGCCCUUCUGAAUGAGACAGAGUCAGUACUGUCAUAUCUUGAUAAAGAGGAUUCCUUUUUCUAUUCAUUGGUCUAUGACCCCUCAGUGAAAACACUAUUAGCUGACAAAGGUGAAAUCAGAGUGGGACCUAGAUAUCAAGCAGACAUUCCAGAAAUGCUCUUAGAAGGAGAAUCUGAUGAGAGAGAACAGUCGAAGUUGGAAGUUAAAGUUUGGGAUCCCAAUAGCCCACUGACUGAUCGUCAGAUCGACCAGUUUUUAGUUGUAGCACGGGCCGUCGGGACAUUUGCCCGUGCCCUUGAUUGCAGCAGCUCUGUGAGGCAGCCUAGUUUGCAUAUGAGCGCAGCUGCAGCUUCUCGAGACAUCACUCUGUUUCAUGCUAUGGAUACCUUGUACAGACACAGUUAUGAUUUGAGCAGUGCUAUUAGUGUCUUAGUACCCCUUGGAGGACCUGUUUUAUGCAGAGAUGAAAUGGAAGAAUGGUCGGCCUCUGAAGCUAGUUUAUUUGAAGAGGCACUGGAAAAGUAUGGCAAAGACUUCAACGAUAUACGUCAAGACUUUCUCCCUUGGAAAUCGUUGACUAGCAUCAUUGAAUAUUAUUACAUGUGGAAAACUACUGACAGAUAUGUGCAGCAGAAACGUCUAAAAGCAGCAGAAGCUGAAAGUAAGCUGAAACAAGUAUAUAUCCCAACUUACAGCAAACCAAAUCCCAACCAAAUAUCCACAAGCAAUGGUAAGCCUGGCACUGUGAAUGGAGCUGUGGGAACCACAUUCCAGCCACAGAAUCCUCUUUUGGGGCGAGCCUGUGAGAGCUGCUAUGCUACGCAGUCUCAUCAGUGGUAUUCUUGGGGCCCCCCCAACAUGCAGUGUAGAUUAUGUGCAACCUGUUGGCUUUAUUGGAAAAAAUACGGAGGCCUGAAAAUGCCCACCCAGUCAGAAGAAGAGAAGUUAUCUCCUAGCCCGACUACAGAGGACUCCCGUGUUAGAAGUCACAUGUCCCGCCAGGCCAUGCAGGGGAUGCCGGUCCGAAACACCGGGAGCCCAAAGUCUGCCGUGAAGACCCGCCAAGCUUUCUUCCUUCACACUACAUAUUUCACAAAAUUUGCUCGUCAGGUCUGCAAAAAUACCCUCCGGCUGCGGCAGGCAGCAAGACGGCCGUUUGUUCCUAUUAAUUAUGCUGCCAUUAGGGCAGAAUAUGCAGACAGACAUGCUGAACUUUCUGGAAGUCCUCUGAAAAGCAAAAGCACUAGGAAACCUUUGGCAUGUAUCAUUGGGUAUUUAGAGAUUCAUCCUUCGAAGAAACCUAAUAUAAUUCGAUCUGCACCAAGCCUGCAAACCCCCACUACCAAGCGGAUGCUAACUACCCCGAAUCACACGUCUCUGAGCAUUUUGGGGAAAAGAAACUACAGCCAUCACAAUGGCCUGGAUGAACUCACAUGCUGUGUGUCAGACUGAGCUAUGCCUGUUUCAUCCUAUAAUCCAAGACUUGCUACACAUCCUGCUGAUGUUCAAGCCGUGCCUGGGCAGGAGGCAGCCCAUUCCCAGCACAUUUCAGCGCGUGCCCCAUGUAGACCCGCUGGGGCCGGGGAUGAGACUGUAGGAGUGCACGUCCCAAAAGCUGCAUCUCCACAUGUGAAUCAUGUCACCUCGCUUUCCUCCCAGAGACCUCGCUGUUCAGAGGGGGACCUGCCUGAGAAUUGAGGGGUGGUGAGAGCCACUCUGCCCCCUCCCUUCUCCAGCGCUCUGCACCCCGGGCAGUGGUGCUGCUGAGAGCUGAGCGCCGCUGCUGCCCUGCAUGUGUCAGCUCAGCUCUCGUGUAAGCCGUAGGAUUGUGUACAGGAGGGACAUGGCAUCUUUCUCAAUGGAUUUUUCUUAAGAAAUGUGCCAGUGUUUAUGCAGUUCCUGAUAUUUCCCCCCAACUUUGCUGUUACUGUCACUUGGCUUUUUCUCAAUAGGCUUCGUAGUUUUUUUUUUAAUGGGGAAAUUUCGUUCUUCGCCUCCUGCAUCCAUGGGCCCCUCCUCCCCCAGCUGUCCAAGGUACAGAAUUACCUGAUGUUCUGACGAGACUGUCUUUGUUUGAUAAGCCUGUGAAGCCCCAUGGCAUCUGUUUUGUGUCAGUGAGGAGAGCUUGGGGUUCUGCUGGGACCUGCUUGCUCCCCGACUGCUGUGGCCAGAGCAGGUGUUUGAACCAAGCCAAGCCUGGCGAGGCACUUUGUUCCGCCCUGUCGCAGGCAGCCAGGCUGGCCGCGAGGAGCCACACUCAGAUUGGUCCUACCCUUGGUCGCAGCUCAGCCAGGUUCUUCUAAGCAGAUGGAAUGUAUUUGGCCUCAGAGGGUGGAGUGAGAGAACUGUGUUUGCAGGUGAGCCUGUGUGUAUGGGUAUGACGCCCCUGCCCUUCAUACCCAGAGGUUUCUGUGAGCCCAGGAGACCUGCCGUAGCCCAGUGUCUGCUAAUUUGGGCUCUUCCUAUGUGCCCUGGGUACCAACUCUUGCUGGCAUCACAGACUGGCUGCCUGUGACUGCACACAGCUGCAGGAAUAGGAAAAACUUAGUGCUCCAUUGGCUCCCAGAGCAGAUGUGAGUCUGGCUACUCCCCUAUUUUGCAGAAACAGGUUGUAGGGUACAGGAUCAUAGUCCUAGAGUCUGGCCUCCCAGCUGUUCCCAGGGUCUGCAACUGGGAGGCACCUGGAUGGCUGAUAGUAGGCACCCUGAAUAGCCAGGUAGUUGCAGGAGAGUGGCUGCAGUUGAAUUGACACUCCCCCCACCUCCAAAGCACAGUAAAAUAUCAUUAAAAUGAUGGUGGCACUCCAGGAGUCUGGAUCCUCCAAGGCUAGGUUCGCAUAGAAAAGAAUGUGAUUUAUGGUGGCUGAAGGCGAUGCUUUCAGCUCAAACUGCCUUUUCUUCUGCCAAUACUGCAGUCGUUGUGGCUUCUCUUCUGAGGAGGAGUUGGUUCUCAUCUUAGGCUUUUGCGGGGGUGACUGGGGGAUGUUCCUGCCACUGCCAACUCUUGGAGCCGUUCUGUGUCUUGGCUGGGGCCCGAGGCAUGGGGCCUGGGUGGGAGCUGCUCAGGGAGCCCAAGUGGGGAGCAGCCAUUGCCCUCAGGAGUCCCCACUGAGAAGCCCUUCCAGAAAGACCCAGGGGGAGGGGGCAACUGGUUCUUCCCUUCACUGCUAUGUGCUGUGUUCUCUAGUGACAGAGACAUGGCACAGCUGUCUCUCUGCCCCCCUGCCCUGUGUUUGUCAUCCCUGUAGAUGGUGGAAUGAUUCCCUCGCCCUUCUGCUUUCCUAACCCACGUGUGUGGAGACUGUUGAUCAGAGUAGCAGUGGGUUGCUUGUACCUCUGCUGCCAGCUUCUCUGUCUUGGGAGAGGCCCUCCUUAUCCAGGACCUGGAAAUUUAGUGCUCAGGACCAGGCCAGUUCUGAGGAGAGACAGGGAGAGGCUCUCCCUGUUUCCAGUUUACAUUUAGCUUUGGGACACGCACAGCCUCAUGUACUGAGACAGCCCCCCCUUCACCCUGUAGCUUGAGCUCCUAGCUCUACACUUCUGUCCUCCAGUGAGCAAGAUGUUGGCUUAGAUCUCACACUGUCGCUUCAUCUUUGGAAAGUCCCCUUGUAUUCUGAUUGGACACUCCAGGAGAUGGAGAGAGGAUGCCAAGGAGCCUUUAAUAUUGGCCUUUGCCAUUCUGAGCAGUCCCAGCCAGGCCCUGCAUGGGGCCACCAUGUCACCAUGGUGUGUGUCAGUGGCAUGUCACUCUUGUGCAGUGAGCUGGUGGGGGACAUGCAGCCUGUCUGCCUGGCCCACUGCAGAUGUGUCCAGUGGGUGCUGUGCUGAGCCUGGGCUGGGCUCCUGUGGGUGAGGAGGCAGAAGCUCUGUAAGCAUCUUCCCUGUCCUAGAGGCAGAGCAAGGGAGGAGGACAGACGGUUUUCAGCACACCUCUCACCAUUCUGUCUUGCCCACAGCCCAGUUUCUAUCAGUCAGCAUCCAGCCAGGAAAACAGAAGUCAGUCUCAAUGUUUAAAACAGAGGGGACUGCAAUCCAAAGAGCUGUUUGAGGCAAACAAUAGCUGAGAGGCAAAGCUGGAGCCUGAGGGGCAAUCCGGAGAUGGAAAACAGUAGCAGGCAGCCGCCACCCUUGAGGCUGAUGGGACUUGGGAGAGGCUGUGGGGCCACUCUGGGAGGCAGGGUGACUGGACAGGACCUGGCCUGCAGAGGCCAUCUGGGUGGUGGGGGACUGUUGCUGCAUCCAUGAAGAGUCCAGAUCCCUGCCAAAAACCUCCUUAUUAGCUAACUCCAGCUGGAAGCAGCUGACCCGGGAGGCGGGGCAGGGUCUGCAGCACCCGCCACCACCACCACCACUCAGAGCAGAGCAGGGAGGAGAGACCACUUCUGAGGGCAAGCAGGUCCAGGCCUGUGUGGCCUUGGUCUGCUCUGUCUCAUGUCUGAGUGUGAUGUUUUUGCCCAUGCCUUUGUAAGGUCUGGUGAGGGUGGAGGGAGGAGCUGCCCUUUGGGUUUUGUGGAUUCUCUUUCACCCUACCUAGACCGGGAGGGAGGAGAAAGCCUUGAUUCUUAACAGUUGUCCUUGUUUUCCUUUGUGAGAAUUUACCCACUUCGCACCCCCACCUCCCCGUUCCCCUCAGGAAAGCCAUGUCCCAGUUUUCUGUCCACCCCUCCCCAGUCUCUGGUUUUCCCUGCCAGGGAACACUAACCCAAUCCAUGCAUCAGUGAUCAUGAGUGUUUCCCUAGGAUAAUUCAUUCAGAGUGUGUUAUUACAGUGUGUGGACUGUCUGUCUGUACGUAGAUGCCAUCUACUAAUCAAUUUGUAUCGUGUUUCCAAUAAAUUUCUGGA